CAGCUCGAAUGAGGGCAAAGUCGAAAGAUAUCUGCUAGUAUGUUAGAAAAACUUACAAGAAAGAGACAUUGUUCAGCUUCUCUGGUCCUGUCCCAUACUCUGUACAGACGCAGCAUUGCAUCAGCUCCUCUGUUUUUUGUUUGUUUUCGUCAGUGAUAGAAGAUGGUUAAAUCAAAGUCAUGGACUAUGGUGAAACACUUUGAAGGUGCUCCUAAACUUGAGGACUUCAAAUUGAUUGAGAAAGAGCUGCCACCCCUUAAAGAUGGAGAGGUGUUGCUGGAAUCUGUAUUUUUGAGUGUGGACCCAUACAUGAGACCAUACAGCAAACGUAGUUUAAAAGAUGGUGAUGUCAUGAUGGGAUCUCAAGUAGCCAGAGUUGUGGAAAGUAAAAAUCCUGCUUACCAGGUUGGCAGCUAUUAUGUGUCAUACAGUGGAUGGACAACACACUUUAUAUCCGAUGGCAAAGGCCUCCGUCCUCUGCCUACAGACUGGCCAGAAAAUCUUCCAAGAUCACUUGCCCUGGGGACAGUUGGCAUGCCUGGUCUCACCGCAUAUAUUGGCCUACUGGAAAUCUGCAAAGCAAAACAAGGGGACGUUGUUCUUGUCAACUGUGCAGCUGGAGCUGUUGGUUCUGUAGUUGGACAAAUUGCAAAGCUUAAGGGCUGCAAAGUGGUUGGAUCUACGGGCUCAGAUGCAAAAGUUACCUACUUAAAAGAAAUUGGUUUCGAUGAAGCCUUUAACUACAAGACUGUAAGCUCUUUGGAAGAAGCUCUGAAGAAUGCAUCACCAGAAGGUUAUGAUUGUUACUUUGAGAAUGUAGGUGGGGUGUUUUCUGAUGUAGCCCUGCAACAAAUGAAACAAUUUGGAAGAAUUGCUGUGUGUGGAGCUAUUUCUACGUACAACGAUUCAGUGCCUCAAACAGGACCAUAUGUACAGUCAUAUUUUGUUUUUAAACAACUGCGCAUGGAGGGGUUUCUGAUCUUUAGCUGGGAAGACAAACCUCAGUAUCAGGAGGGACAAAAGCAGCUCUUGCAGUGGAUUGUAGAGGGAAAGCUGAAUUUCCACGAACAUAUCACAAAUGGCUUUGAAAAUAUGCCAGCUGGUUUUAUUGGAAUGCUUAGUGGAGACAACAUUGGGAAAGCCGUAAUAAAGGUGUAACCACCAGGAUUUGCAGUCUUUUUUAAAGCAUUGCAGUGCUGCUUGUUGUGGGAGCAGUCUCGUUUUUGUGAAAAUUAAUAAAAUAAAAUAAAUAAAUAAAAGGUUCUUGCUAAAACUGAA